UGGUCAUUAGGUAACUGGGGCUAAGCUGAUAGUGGUGGAAGCCAGAGGAAGAGGAGGGAAACGAGGCUAGUGGGUCUCGUGGUUUGGGGAGAAAGGACCUUCAGGAGUGGGAGUUGAGACCCGACGGAGGUGUGGUAGAGCCGGGACACUAAGAAUGGCUUCCUUUGGAUGGAAGAGAAAAAUUGGCGAGAAGGUGUCAAAGGUCACUUCCCAGCAGUUUGAAGCCGAAGCUGCUGACGAGAAGGAUGUCGUUGAGAACGAAGAAGGGACCGGGCUUCAUGCCGUUAAACGCAGGAAGGAGAGUCCGCUUCAGGACUGUGCUGAGAAAAGUAAGCAGCUGAAGGAUGAAGCAGCCAGUCUGGUUGAAAAUAAGAGGUAUCGAGAGGCGAUUCAGAAAUGGGACGAAGCUCUGCAGUUAACCCCAGAUGAUGCAACGCUGUAUGAGAUGAAAUCACAGGUCCUAAUGUCUCUUCAUGAAAUGUUCCCAGCAGUACAUGCAGCUGAAAUGGCUGUCCAGAGAAAUCCACAUUCAUGGGAGUCUUGGCAGACUUUGGGACGUGCUCAGCUUGGAUUAGGAGAGAUAGUCCUGGCAAUUCGAAGUUUUCAGGUAGCCCUUCACAUCUAUCCAAUGAACCCUGAAAUAUGGAAAGAAGACCUUUCUUGGGCAAGAACGCUCCAGGAGCAGCAGAAGGUAGCACAGAAGAUCAAGAAGUGUGACGCGUCAGCGGAAAUGACACAAUUCUCGCCAAAGUCAAUCCCUGACUAUGACUUUGAAAGUGAUGAGAUUGUUGCUGUGUGUGCGGCGAUUGCCGAGAAACAGAAGACGGUUUCGGCAAAUAAAACCAUGGUUAUCGUUUCGGCCUCUGGGACUGUAGAGACAGUCACUGAGAAGGAAGACGGUGCCACACCACCAGAUGGCUCUGUUUUUAUCAAAGCCCGAUAAAGUAGCAGGAACCCUGUGAAUCUGGCUUUUUGAUUGCCACUUAAAGUUUGAGGCAUAGGGACACUUACUGUGGAGAAACAGAGCAAAACUCCUAUUUGUAAAGUGAGUUUUGCAGAUGAGGCAUAUAAAAACUAAAUGGUAGAAUUAUUGUGUAGUGUUUGGGCUGUGCUUCAAUAAGUUACAUUUAAACUUUUUAAGAUUAGAAUUGUGAGUACAGUGGGUUUUGAUUGAUAAACUUAAUUUAAUCCAAAAGUAUAAGUGAAUGCAUUUUAAAGAUACAACUUGAAAAGUGAAUUCUCUAAUAGUAACUUGAUGGCCAGUGUUACUAAAAUGUUGACUCGUUGGUUUUUGUUUCAUGAUAAAGGAAGUUGGUGAUUUCUUUCCCUCCUAAAAUAUACUCCUAUUACUAUACACUCUUCUCUUUUUCUGGUUGCAUUAGAAGAAGUCUCCCAAAGCUCAAAUAUUUUUUGACAUUUAUUUUGAUUCAAAGUUUUCAUUUGGUUAUAUAUGGAAUCUUUGAAUGUUUGGCUGAAAAUGCAUGCAAAUGUGUACAUUCUGAUUUUCUGGACUUUCUCUUCGUUCUGAUUUGUGCUUAUAUUUUUGACUUUAAAAUGACCAUAACAGUGAUAGAUGCCUUGUUCAGUAUUAGAUAUGUGAAAUACUGAUCGAUGUCACAAGGAUGGUGGUGUUUUCGUUGUGAAAGUAGAUCGAGCACUCCUUACACAGUGAGUCAUGUUUAAGACGGGCAUUUUUGAAACAUGAAUGGCUUUUAUAGGUGUUGCGUGUCAAAUUGUCUUGCUGCUUUGUUCCAGUCAAGAGCACUAUUUCUUUCUCCUUAUUUUUAAAAGCUUAAAAACUCUGAAAAAAAUCUUGUCUUUUGCUUAUAACUUUCAAGCUGAUGAUUUGGAAUUCUUUUUCUAGAUAGCUUUUUUGAAACUACUCAAAUUAUAAUUUUAAAUAGCUAAAUUAUAUCUUUCUAAAAAAAAGGCUGUUAAUGAGUGUCAUUAGUGGAUAGCUUGGACAUGACAUACAUAGAAACUGAAAAAUGACUUGUGGUACAAUACCAUGAGGAGAGAAGGAUAUAUUUAAAGAAAUAUUUCAUUGAAAGGCCACAGUCACAAUCACAAAUUGAUACCGUCAUUGAUAAUGUGAGUUAUUAUUUUUAUACUACAUAUAGUACAAUUAUAUAGAACUACUGGGUACUGUUACUUCUGACACUCAGGAAGCUAUUAUAAAAUUAAUUUUUUCCUUGUUAGAGAUGAAAGUAAGCUGUUUUAUUUUAAGGAAUCUUAACCUGUUGGAGCAUGUAAGUAAUGGUCUGCAUUUUUCUGAGAUGAUUUAAAAAAAUUUUUCCUUUAGUAGGAUACUUAACCUCUUUUUCUUUUCAGAGUGUAAGAUUUUCUCCCAAAGUUACAUCAGAAAGUUAGCUGUGGUUAGAGAGAAUAGUUUUAGAGUAAUCCAAAAAAACAAAUAUUAGUUACAUUUUAUUUUGUUUAAUAAAGGAUAUUCUCACAGGGUACUUAAGGGUAGUGAACCUUUACCCUUUGGUAUGUGGUUUUGAGUAGUGGAUUUUUGUUUAUCGUGUAAUUUGUGAAUAGUUUUUUCUGCACUUUAAAGAUUUUCCUCUGUGUUGUUAGCUUUUGAAAAAUUUUGAUUGAUUUGUUUAAUUUUUACCUUUGUGAAAAUAAAAUAUGUAGAGCACCUUGUGUGGUAUCUUGCAUAGGAAGUACUCAGUAAAUGUUAGCUAUUUCUAUGAAGAACUUGAAUUAGGAUGGAGAUAUUUAACCUGUUUCUUCUGAUUUUAGGAAGGAGGAGAACUUUGUAAUCUUUACCAAAAAGUGAGAAGUAACUACUUUUGAUAUUAUAGGACAAAUGGUUAUCAGUUGGGAUUGUUCUUGGCAUAAAACCUAUGCCUCAGCCCCAAAAGAGGCAAGUCCCAGGAUGGAGGGCAUGUAGCCACUAAAUUCUGUUAACAGAACCUGGUGUUUUUUCUCUAUUACAUUGGUUGGCCAGAUUAAUAGAAGACAUAAGGUGGUCUAGACAUAAGGUGGAGGAGAGAAAGGAACAAUGGAUUAUGGAGAGAGAAAGGAGCUCAUUUAUCCUUGCUCUGAAAGAUUCUCAGCUAAUACUCUUCUAUGCAUGAGGAGAAAAAUGCAUAUAAAGAUGUGCAUCUCGAUACACAGAUAUUUGCUAAACCUGUUAACUGCAAUAACAAAUACUUUUGAGUCUGGUGAAAAAUAAUUGAUGUUCAUGAUAGUGAUAUAAUUAAAGAUGUUUAAUAUACCUUCUGAAAUAACACUGAACACUAUAUUGAACAUAAUUUAUAUUAUUCUUGUUUGCAAAUUGUAUGGUAUAGAUGCUCAUUAGUCAUAACACCACACGUCCAGAUCAUGCCUGAUGGUUUGAGAAUCCAUAUAUUAUUCUCUAGACGGCAGGAUUUUAGAUUAUAGAGUAUUUAUCCUAAAUGUGCUAAUAAAUACAUAAGCAUUGAAAAAUCAUACAAGGUAUAAAUCACAGAACUCAGAUCUGUAAUAGGGGCCUAGGUACAAAUUUUUAUGGUAGUAGUCUUAGUAGAAAGACUUUUAAAUUGGUGUUAUUUGGUAAAACUAUAAUGAAGACUUAAAUAAAGAAGCUUUGUCUGAGAAAGCUAGAGUUUUCAUGAUUGUAA